AUGGAACACAUUGUCUAUGACCCGGCCUUGACCAAGGCUGAUCGCCUCGUUCUGCAAAACCUCGCUGCCGACAUCAAGGCCGCAAGCCAAGACUCGCCCUCCAAUCACUCUCCGAAAGCUGCCGAGGCCAGCCUUGAUGAUGAGGCCGUCAUCGAGGCCCUCAAUGGCUUCAACAACCCCAAGGACGCUCGCUUUGAGCCCACCGUCAUCACCUCCGUAGACGUGGACAAGAUCUCCAUUUCCCCGCUCUUCGACACUUGGAUCGUCCCGUUCUACAUCCGCAUCGCACGCUCCCUCGUGCGUGUAGAGACCGACGUGCUCGUCGUCUCCCAUCUCUUCCUCUACUUCACCACCUCCAUCCCCAGCGUCCUCUACCUCUUCCACUCCUUCACAUGGCUUCACGGUGUCCUGCACUUAGUCCUGCAGUUCAGCUAUGUCGGCACCUACACCCUCAUGAUGCACCAGCACAUCCACAUGAGAGGCGUCCUGGCCAAGCACAUGGCCUGGCUCGACCACGCCUUCCCCUACGUGCUCGAUCCUCUCAUGGGCCACACCUGGAACAGCUACUUCUACCACCAUGUCAAGCACCACCACAUCGAGGGCAACGGACCCAACGACCUGUCCUCCACGCUGCGCUAUGAGCGUGACAACAUUUUGCACUUCCUCCACUAUGUUGGUCGCUUCUUCUUCCUCAUCUGGUUUGACCUGCCCACCUAUUUCAUCCGCAAUGGAAAGUUCAUGCUGGCAUGUAAAGCCGCCUUCUGGGAGCUCUCAAACUACACAGCCAUUUACUUGCUGUUCCGCUACAAUCCCAGAGCCACAUUCUUCGCACUCUUGCUGCCACUGCUCCUGCUCCGCAUUGGCCUCAUGGUUGGAAAUUGGGGCCAGCACGCCUUUGUCGACAGGGAUGACCCCGACUCAGACUACAGAUCCAGCAUCACCCUCAUUGACGUUCCCAGUAACCGCCAUUGCUUCAACGAUGGCUAUCACACCUCGCACCAUCUCAACCCACUGCGCCAUUGGCGCCAGCACCCUGUCGCUUUCCUCAAAGGGAAGCAGCAGUAUGCAUCCCAGCACGCCCUCGUCUUCCACAACAUUGAUUAUCUCAUGAUGACUGUACGGCUCAUGCUCCGAGACUACGAGACCUUGGCUAAAUGUAUGGUACCACUUGGGGACCAUAUCUCCCUGACACUGGAGGAGCGAGCUGCCCUCCUCAAGAGAAACACAAGGCCAUUCACAGAGGAGGAAAUCCGCGCCAAGUAUCCCAAGUUGGCCAAGAAUUGA